AAAAAUUAUUGCAAUGUUAACGUUUCGACCUACAUUACUCGGAGUGAGUCUUAUAGAUCCGUGUGGGAUUUAACCUAAAAGAAAUGCAGAAGUAGAUUCUUUUUUCAUUUAACUGACGCCAUAACAGAUAAAUUCACUCACUUUAGGCUAUUUGUGAGAGAAACUCACUUUUAUUCCUACCUGAGGAUAUUAUGAAUGAGAAACGCCGUCGUCACCGCUGGAGUCUGUGUGCAGACAGCAGUCCAUUCUAUGAUCAAACUACACAGAGAAUGGACAGAAGCACUGUGUGCUCCGCUGAAGCCCGUGACCAUGAUGUGAAUGAAAUGAUGGGGUCUUGUGUGAAGUGCACUGGUGCCGUUCACAGCUCAGAUCAGGCCUGUCAGGCUAUGGGUCAAAUAUUUCACACCAAAUGUUUCACCUGCUGUUUCUGCAACAAACAACUGAAGGGAAAGCCAUUUUAUUACUUUUCUGGAAGUGUGUUCUGUGAGGAGGAUUAUUUUUUUUCCAGCGUCAAACAGUUGACAGAGGUCUGCACAUCCUGCGGAUAUUUAAUCUCAGAUACGGUGAUCCAGGCUUUGGGAAAGUCUUUCCAUCCCGACUGUUUCCACUGUGUCAUCUGUAAAGAGAAGCUGGAGGGACAGCCGUUUAAUGUGGACACACAACAGAAGAUGUACUGUGUGAAAGAUUAUCGAAGGUUUGUGGCUCAUACCUGUGAAGCGUGUGGUCUGCUCAUUCUUCCCACCGAGGGUUCGAAUGAGAUCGUAAGAGCGGUGUUCAUGGGAAGAAACUAUCACGUGGCUUGUUAUGAAGACAAAAGCAACAUUUGAUUCAUGUUCAAUAUCUGCUGUGUAACAAUGAAU